AAACCACCACAUCAGCAUCAUCAUUGCAUGACAACCGUGCUCUUCUCAUCAUUCACAGCUCACAAUCCCAACUCCACCACCCUCCUCCUUUGUACUUUCCCCAUCUCACUCACUCAACUCUCCACUAACAACUAACAACUAAGAACUAAGAACCAAACCCACCACUGAAGCUGCAAUACACAAUAAUAAUGCCUCCUUCUUCUUCUUCUUUUUAUUCUGUUUCUGAUUUGGCUAUUCCCCAUUUUACCCUCAAGACAACCUUCAUUAUCUCCUACCUGGCGGUGGCGCUAGUGGCGGUGGCGCCCCUCCCCUCACGCUCCAUCAACAUUACCGCCGUCCUCUCCCCUCUGCUCCACACCUCUCUCCCUCCGCCCUCCCGGAUGUCCUCCGCUACCACGUCCUCCUCCAAUUCCUCUCCCUCUCCGACCUCCACUCCCUCCCUCCCUCCGGCAAGCUCUUCACCACUCUCUUCCAGACCACUGGCCGCGCCCCCUCCAACUCCGGCUCCCUUAACCUCACCCGCGACCCUCGAAACGGCAUCGUUACGAUCACUUCCCCUUACUCCCCUUCCUCAAACGCCACCGUUUUGUCCUUAGUCAAAACCUUACCUUAUAACGUCACCGUUUUCUCCGUUGAUAACCUCAUCCUCCCUUUCGGCCUCGAUCUCAUGGCCUCGGAGACUCACCCCAAUCUAGGGCUCAACAUCACCAAGGCCUUAAUCGACGGCAAGAACUUCAACGUCGCCGCCUCCAUGCUCGCAGCCUCGGGCGUCGUCGAAGAAUUCGAGGCCGACGAGGGCGGCGCUGGAAUUACUAUGUUCGUCCCCGUCGACGAUGCAUACGCCGAUCUGCCUCCAGCCGUUAGCUUGCAAUCCCUUCCGGCGGAUAAGAAAGCCGUCGUGCUCAAAUUUCAUGUGCUGCAUUCGUAUUACCCCUUGGGAUCGUUGGAAUCGGUGGUGAACCCUCUUCAGCCGACGCUCGCGACGGAGGCCAUGGGUGCUGGGAGCUUCACGCUCAACAUUUCCCGCGUGAACGGCUCCGUUGCGAUCAACACUGGGAUCGUGCAAGCUUCCGUGACGCAGACGGUGUUUGAUCAGAACCCCGUGGCAAUCUUCGGCGUCUCGAAGGUUCUGCUGCCGAGGGAGAUCUUCGGGAAGAAUCCGAUCACGACGCCGAAGCUUGGAUCGACUGCACCGCCUCCGGAAGACGAUGCGCUGUCACCAGAGGGGUCGCCGGGGGCAAUGGAUGGCCAGCCUUCGCACCUCUCAUCGCCGCCCGGGUUCCGCGAGGACAUGCAGUCCAACGCUGCUGCCUCCGGUGUUCGUGGUUCCAAAUUCAAGUCUUCCAUUGUUGUUGCUGUAUUUGUUUGCUGUAUAGGGUUUUGUAUUUAGUGGUGUUGCACACACGAAUUAUCUCUGCCUUAUCGAGCGGCAUAUUUCAGUUGGCUUCUGCAGGAUACCUCAGUUCUCAUCCACGCUGGAGUUUGGCAGUUUGCUCGACAUCUUACCUUGAUGACCAUCAGGUAGUUUCUUGUUUAUCAUGCUACAAAUUCACAAUUGUGGAUUUCAUAAUGGAUUCUCUCUCUGUGUUAACCUGCAAUAUAGGGUGUAAAUCUGAAAAUCCGAAAAGGAUGUCAUAUUGUGCAGGUUAAUCCCUGUAUUUAUUUGUAAGAGUAGAUAACUGUUCCUGAAACCAAGCCUACCUGCAAUUGUUAUGUAUGCACUCUGUUAAGAAAGGCACUAUAUUUGGUGUCAACAAUUUUGGAGUUGUUUAUGUUUGACAAUAAUAUGCUGAAUAUACUGAAAUUUUUUGCAGCUUUUGCUGCAG